AUGGGCGACUAUCUGUACAACCGCAAGCAGAAGGAGGACGAGGUGAUGGCCAUCAUUGACUACGAAUUUCAAGACCGCGACCGCUUGUGGGAGGCCCUCCAAGGGAAAGGGUCCCUCGUGACCCAAAUUGGUGGCCGCCCAGUGCGUGACAACAGAAUGUUGGCUAUGGUCGGUGACAAGAUCGUCGGCUUGAUCAUCAUCCGCAACGAAAACCGCGACGGGCGUACCAUAGGUCAAGCCACCACGCGUGUCGCUGAGCUCGCCUGCGAUUCACGGCUCGUCGCUCUAUGCGACAACAUUGGUCUAACCCAAUGGAUCAAUGGCAGUCCUUUCAAUGGUGGACUCGUCUCCAAAGACAAUAAAGCCGCAACCAUUGAAGCCAUCGUUGGGGCUGUGUUCGAGGACGCGGGCGAAGCUGUCGCAAAACGGGUAAUGGAAAACAUGGGCAUCAUCGAGCGUACGGCCUCUGAGCCUGUCUGA